GCUAUCAACAAUAAUCUAUUCCACUCUCUCUCAUCACACCUGAGCGAGCAGCGUUGGGGGGGGGUGUCCACGCAUGCGCACCACUCUCCCUACGCACUCGCGCUCAACCGGUGUCGGGAGAAGCUCGUGCCAGUUCUACGGGUAGGUCCGUGGGAGAGGUCUGCUCUGUGUACACUGGCAAAGGAUCCGUUUCUUCUCCUGCUAUACCGAACUCUAUUCUCCUCGGUUUGACAAGGAAUAUAUCUGCGUGUGCAUGCUCCGUUUUUAACGUGGACACAUCAACCCUGUAGGCCUCAACCAGACUAUCCAGUCUGAUCGCUCAACCUCACCCUGCUUUCCUUGCUUUGACCAAGCAGCAGCUGGGAUGCAUGUGAUGAGCAGAAUCUCUCCAGCCAAUGAGAAAAGAGUUUCCAGGAAGUGGAUGCGGUUGAAGUUAUGUCUCUGCCCCCUGCCUCUACAAUUCCCGUCCCUGAUGGCAACAAGACAGGACCUCCUCUCCCUCCUCCUCCUCCUCCCCCCUGCGGCCCUCCUCCCCCGCCCCCUCCACCCGGUGCGGUCGACCCCAUAGGUGGGAUAAAGAAGAGGCGGGUCCGGAGUUUCUUCUGGAAACCCAUACCUGAAGACCAGGUGAAAGGGCGGACCAACCUGUGGACACAGCUUCCUGUGCAGCAGCAGCAGUACUACAUAGACGUCCAGACCAUCGAGGAGCUGUUUAGUCAGACGGACUGCCAAUCAUCUGGGGUGACGAGGGGGGGGAAGGCCCGAGGCUCCCUCAGAGAGACCAAAGAUGAGAUCAGUAUCCUGGACUGGAAGAGAGGGAUGAAUGUGGGAAUUUACCUCAAACAGUUCAAGAAGUCCAACCAGGACAUAAUAGAGGAUAUUCGCUAUGGCAACAGUCAGUCCUACGGAGCGGAGCUUCUUAAAGAGCUGCUCAAACUACUACCUGAGACCGAAGAGGUGAAGAAACUUAAAGCGUUCCGAGGCGACCCCUCUAAACUCUCAUUGGCCGAUUCCUUCAUGUUCCUGCUCACCCAAGUGCCCAGUUUUGAGGUGCGUAUCAAGGCCAUGGUACUGAGAGAAGUGUUCCCCCCAGCCUGUGAGAACAUGAGUCGCGACAUCGAUGUCCUACGAACCGCCACAAAAGAGCUCCUAGACUGUGAGGAACUUCAUGCCAUCCUACACCUGGUGCUGCAGGCCGGAAACAUCCUCAACGCUGGUGGUUAUGCUGGUAACGCUGUGGGUUUCAAGCUGUCCUCUCUCCUGUCUCUGGCUGAUACCAAGGCCAAUAAACCUGGCAUGAACCUGCUGCACUUUGUAGCUCUGGAAGCACAGAAGAAGGAUGAUAAACUUCUAGAGUUUCCUGGAAAACUUCAGCAUGUCCAGUAUGCAGCACGAAUAUCAGUGGAGAACGUGGAUGCAGAGUUCCAGUCGCUGUCAUCUCGCACACGCUCAGUGGAGGAGAGCAUCCAGGAAGAGACGGAGCUGCUGCUGCAGCUGGACCACUUCCUACAGAAUUCGACAGCAGCCCUGGCUGAGUUGCAAAGGGAGAGACAGGAGUUGAGGAACGAAGGGAACAUUCUGAUCGACUUCUUCUGCGAAGACAGAGAGUCCUUCAGGCUGGACGAGUGUUUCAAAGUGUUCCAAGACUUCUGCCUGAAAUUCCAGAAAGCAGUCAAGGACAACCUGGAGCGUGAGCUGAAGGAGGCGUCUCAUCGUCGGAUACAGGAGCUCGAGGAGAAACGGCACUCGUGGGCGAGCGGAGAGGAGGUGGGCGGGGUCUUCGGAAUGCGCAGCAGCAGCAGCGAGACGGACAUAGAGGUGGCCCUAUCCCAGGAGGAGGGGCUUAUCGAGCUUCUCAAGUCCCGCCCAUGCUCGCCGCACAGCCCCCAGAUUGCACUGGGGCGUUCCGGAAGUGUCCGCCGUUCUCGCGGCUCUGCGUCCGCCGCGGCUGACCGUCAACUGACUAGCCUGCUAACUCUGGGCAUCACCUCUGACCUUCAGGUCGUAGGGGGGUCACCGAAUCCCGGGAGGCGACUAUGGAGGGGGGCCGAGCAGCGGGAUUCCUCCCCCAUGAGGUCACCUGAAACUGGGCUGAGGGUUCCCAACGUCUUCCCUCUGAUCAGACUUCAGACCCAGGGACCUGCGGGUCACACUCAACUCCAGCACCAGCACCCUCAGGUGGACUGGCCUGGUCCCCCCUCCUCUAUACCCAUCUCCUUAGGACUGAGGCAUCAACCUCAACCUGGCAUCAACUCAAAUCACAGCCCUCAGACAGCAACCAUUGACCACAAACCUAGCACAGACCUGAACCCGACCCCUGACCCUGACAACAACCACAACCAACCCAGUGGUCUGACCGUCAACCUUGAACGACACACUCUGGUUCCUAAGCUCCGAGCGUUCGACCUCGUCUUGACCCCUCACGGUCACGACCAGGGAGAUGUUGUCACCGACACAGACCUGGAGGAGGAGAUUCCCAGAGACUCUAUCCUCCCGGAGACACAGGAGACACAGGAGACACAGGAGGAGGAGAUUCCCAGAGACUCUAUCCUCCCGGAUACACAGGAGACACAGGAGGAGGAGAUUCCCAGAGACUCUAUCCUCCCGGAUACACAGGAGACACAGGAGGAGGAGAUUCCCAGAGACUCUAUCCUCCCAGAUACACAGGAGACACAGGAGGAGGAGAGGGGAGAACAGGAGGAGGAGAUUCCCAGAGACUCUAUCCUCCCGGAUACACAGGAGACACAGGAGGAGGAUAGGGGAGAACAGGAGGAGGAGAUUCCCAGAGACUCUAUCCUCCCGGAUACACAGGAGACACAGGAGGAGGAGAGGGGAGAACAGGAGGAGGAGAUUCCCAGAGACUCUAUCCUCCCGGAUACACAGGAGAAUUCCCAAGGGAGUUCUGAGGGGUGGGAACAGAGGGAGGAAGAGCUGGAUGAGAAGGGGAGGAUGGUGGCUGCAGGGAUAGUGAAUGAGGAGCCUGCUGUGGGUGACGCAGAGGAGGAGAGGGGAGAACAGGAGAAGGAGAGGGGAGAGGAGGAGGAGGAGAAGAAGAGGGAAGAACAGGAGGAGGAGAGGGGAGAGGAGGAGCAGGAGGAGAGGGGAGAACAGGAGCAGGAGAAGAGGGGAGAGCAGCAGGAGGAGGGGAAGGGUGUGUCUCGGACAGAGACGUUGACUACAGGUUCUCGUACUGAUCCAUCUCCGUCCACAGCUAUUUCAGACCUCUCCUCACACGCACAGAGCGGUGAAAACCACACACACACCGACGAGGCUGAGAGUCCAACACACCAGGUGUCCACUUCUUCUAUGGGGGAGUCCCCAGCCAAUAGCAUGCCUUCAGAAUCUCAAUCCACCAAUGAGUACUCAGUGCCUGUUUCCACCACUGACCAGUCAGUGCCUGUUUCCUCCGAUGAGUCAUCGGUUCCAGCAGUGUCUACCUCCACCAAUGUGUCAGUCACCGCUGGUGCCUCUGAUAGGUCAGCCCAGGGUACGAAUCCCACGACCAGUCAGGUCUCUAAGCCUUCCAGACCCCCCUCUGCCACCACCACCACCAGUGGGCGAAAAACUGUCAUCCGCACCCUCAACUCCUCAGAGAACCAGGGCAUGAGGCGUGUGGUCCCUAUCUUCAAGGCCAGUCGAUGUGGCUCGAUCCCGGGUAAACUGGUGGAGAAACCCCCUGGCCACCAGAGCUCUGGUCCACGGACCACCACCACCACCUCCUCCUCUAACCCAGCCAACCGCUCUCUCAGACGGGCAGAGAGGAGCUCCGCCACACCCCGUCGCAGUAGCCUCCAGGUCGACGACCCCAAGGCCAAGUCUGUGACCACCACGGGUGUCCACGGCAGCGCCCGAGACCAACCCCAACCUUCCGACCUCCAGAGGAAGCCGUCCUUCCGAAAGCCUCUCCGCCCCGUCGCCCCCAGACCGCCUCCAGAGGAAAAGAUGUGCCGUUCCACCCUCCGAGCCCUCGCUGCCGCCGGUGGGGCUGUUCCAACAGCGGGGGGUGGAGGAGGUAACAGCCUCAGUGCCCCCCCGACCCCCUCUCACCGUGGAGGUGUCUCCAACCCCACCCCCCUCCCUGGAUUUGCCCGAAACACAGCCGCUUCCUCUUUCAGACGGACCACUCCCCCCGGGAGUACCCUCGCCCCCUCUAAAACUCCCCCGUUCCUCCCCUGUCCCCUCUCCCGGACCCUCACCCCUCAGCCGGGCGGGGUCGUUGAGACACCACAGGGUGGCCCCCGCGGGCCACCCAGGCACAGACAACCCCAUCAGGAGAUCACAAAGUAUCAAGGGAGCCCUGCGCGCCCCGAUCCCCAACCCCCUGCCCCCACAGACCCUCCCUGACUCGCUGGCGCAGCCUAAAGGGCAUGCUGGGAAAAACAGCAGCAGUUUCCCUGACAAGUCCACCCACCUCAGAGACUCCAGCAAAGCACUGAAACCCACCUGGAGAUAAGAGGCCUAGUUCCAAUACCGACAACAUACUUCCUUUUCCCAGCCUAGUUCCAAUACCGACAACAUACUUCCUUUUCCCAGCCUAGUUCCAAUACCGACAACAUACUUCCUUUUCCCAGCCUAGUUCCAAUACCGACAACAUACUUCCAUUUCCCCGGCCUAGUUCCAAUACUCAUAACAUACUUCCUUUUCCCCGGCCUAGUUCCAAUACCGACAACAUACUUCCUUUUCCCAGCCUAGUUCCAAUACCGACAACAUACUUCCUUUUCCCCGGCCUAGUUCCAAUACUCAUAACAUACUUCCUUUUCCCAGCCUAGUUCCAAUACCGACAACAUACUUCCUUUUCCCAGCCUAGUUCCAAUACUCAUA